AUGGUGCACAACAUCCGAACCAAGGACGAGUUCCAAGAUGCUCUGAAGAAGUAUCCCAUCGUGGUUGUGGACUUCUACUCCACGCACAGCGCAGAGUCGAAGCAUAUUGCUGCCACAUUCGCUCACGCCUAUGAGUUGGACAAGUUCAAGGACUUCCGCUUCGUCAAGGUCGACAUUGAUGAGCUGAAAGGUCUCACGGAGGAACUUGGUGUUUCGCAACCUGCGACAUUCCACAUGUACAAGAAUGGGGAGAAGAUCAAUGAUCUGCAGAGCGAGCACAAGGAGGAUUUGAUUCAAUUCUUGGAGACUGGCCUGUAA